GCUGCUUCUGUUCUUUCUUAACCGCCGACCUAACUCAUACAUGCGAGGAAGAAGACGAAACGGCCCCGAGUCUAGGGGAAGGAGCCGGCGAAGGUUGAACACUGAUUUUCGGUUUCUCGCUAUGAUCGCCGAAGCCAAAUUUCGAAAUCAAGAUUUUGCUUCAGAGGUUCCAUCCCUUGGCUAUGGCUUCCCUCACUUGGGAAAGAGUCCCCAGUUCACCAUGAGCAUCGCUGAAGCUAAAACUGCAGCUCUAAACAUGGCGAUGUCUUCAGUCUCCUUGAAUUUGGCUCCACCUACCCUAACCAAGAAGCUGAAUGUGCCUCAUACGAAUGAGUUGAUGAAUCGAGCUACUUCGUUUUCUUUGCAUAAUACUGUCGACUGUAGUAAAGAGACCUCUUUUACUGAAGAAAGCAAUUGCAAGAGAAGACUGCUAGUGUUGGGAGUUGGAGCACUGACCGCAAGUUUAUUCCCUGCAAGUUCCCUUCUUGCUCAAGAGAUACCGAGGAAUUACAGUGCUUUUGUUGACAUUCCAGAUGGAUAUUCUUACUAUUACCCCUCAGAUUGGAGGGAAUUUGACUACAGAGGGCAUGAUUCUGCAUUUAAGGACAGGUAUCUGCAACUUCAGAAUGUUAGGGUGAGAUUCAUACCAACUGAGAAGAAAGACAUCCAUGAUUUGGGCCCAAUGGAAGAGGUUAUUACCAAUUUGGUGAAACAUGUGUAUGCUGCGCCAAACCAAGUUCCCAAUAUAAUUGAUAUGCAAGAGAAAACGAUAGAGGGGAAGAACUAUUACACUUUUGAGUACGGACUUACCUCUCCCAACUACGCCAGCACUUCCUUUGCAACCAUAGCCAUUGCAAACGGGAGAUAUUACACCCUGAUUGUUGGGGCCAAUGAAAGGCGGUGGAGGAGAGUUCGGAACACGCUGAAAGUGGUGGCAGACUCUUUCAGGGUGCUUGAUAUUUGAUCUGCUGUUUCUGUUUUACAAUGCCGGGCAACGGGUACCUUCUGAAGAGAGAAUUGUUGUGAUACCUUGAUUGAAUACAGCUGAUGGCAAAGUUUUCCAGUUUACCUGUUCCUAGUCGAUAGCAUUUUUCUUCACGUGAUUUAUAUUUAUCUUCUCGGUGACCACCAUUUCCUGUAAAUUUGAAUUCAAGGGAAAAAUGGUGCGAAUAAAAAUAUAAUUUUUGC